UGUGUCUUUGUGUCAAACAAUCAUCAACAAAACUACCUACGAAAGUGGUUUGAGUUCGUAAAGUGACAAUGUUUGUCUCAUAUAAAUGAAUAACAGCGUUAUUUCACGAUGGAUUCCAAUGAAAAUAUAUACUGCAGGCUCUGUGCCGAGCUAAAACCUCUCAACAAACUACUUAAUCUUCAAAAUGACAAAGAAAAAUACGUCGACAUUGUCAACAAGUUGUCCCGAUUCAAUGUGCAAAUGGAUUUUAACGACGAAAUACUGCCAAAAACGACUUGUUUCACUUGUGUUAAUGCGUUAAAUAAUGCGUUUGACUUCGUGACUGGCGUGGAGCUCGCUCAAACGACUCUAAACGAGGUUGUUUUGAAAAAACAAAUACAAAAAGAAGAGAUGUUGUCCGACGAUGAACCCUAUAUAAUCUACGAGUACGAACCGCCAGAGACAGCGGCUUAUGAAUCGGAUAGCACUAUUAAAGUAGAAACGGAGAAACAGCCACCUACAAGCGAAACUGAACUUAAUGACAGUACAAAUACAGUAACAAAUAAACAAGUCAAAAAACUAUGUUACGCUUUAGAUGAACUACCUUUAUCCGAGUUGAAUUUGACGUGGGAGCACUUCAUCUGGCAAUGUGCGUACUGUGAAACUCAGUUUCCUACGUUAGACGAGCUACAGAGCCAUUCCAUGCAGUACCACAGCGUCUGCAACGCAUUUUACUGCAUAGACUGCAAGACGAGGAAGCUACGUCUCGACAAAUUCUUAGCACAUGUCAGAAGGCACCGACAUUACUUAAAAUUCCAUUGUUAUAAAUGUUUCAUGAAGUUCCCGAGGUUAUUUGACGCUAACAAACACAGAUAUGCACAUAAAUCAUCUGAACACAUAUGUUCCGGAUGCAAUAUGUGUUUUGAAAAUGAGGAAGAAUUGAAUAAACAUGUUAAUACGUAUGUAAGACAGUUUCGAGGUGAAGUGGGACCGAAACAGAUGGAGAUCGGUGAUAGUCUAACUUGCACAGUCUGCCACAAAUUAUACAAAUCUAAACAGAGUUUGACCGCACAUAUGCGAACACAUAACAGGAAAAGAAUCCACACUUGUGAGGUUUGUGGCAAGUGUUUCCCUUAUAAAACGAAUUUAGAGGAUCACAUGAUCCAACAUUCGGACGCAAAGCCUCAUGAAUGUGAAAUAUGCAAGUUAACAUUUAAAACUCCAAGGUAUUUACGUAAUCAUGCUGGUAUACAUGGCGGAGGGAAACCGUUUUCUUGUGACAAAUGUGGACGAUGCUUUAGACUGAAAUCUCAAAUAAAGAACCACAUGAUAGUCCACUCAGACUCUCGGCCUUAUGUGUGUACGUACUGCAGUAAACGUUUCCGUUUCAAAAGAACUCUCAUUGAACAUGUGCGUCUACAUACGGGGGACAAGCCAUAUUCUUGUACUAUUUGUCAAAGGGACUUCACAAACUGGCCGAAUUAUAACAAGCACAUGAAACGUAGACAUGGUACGGACAUGUGCAAGACAAAACGUACCUCCACAGGCACGUAUCCUCUUGAUCCUAUCACCGGACAGAUUAUGUACCCCGAGGAGGAGAAACUAAAUGAGUGGAGGAAAAAAAUGAAGGAUUAUAAAAUAAUAAGACCGAGAGGUAGGAUUAAGCCAACUGACACUGACUUAGUAACGCAAAGUACGAAUAAAGAAGUAAGUUUAGUGAAUAAUGAUCAAACGGUGAAUGAACAUUAGUUGGAAUAGAUAUUAACUAUAUGUGUUAAUAAGUUAUUUCUUUAUUGAAUUAUAAAGAUCUGGAAGUGUUACAUAGACAAUGUUUAAUUUAUUUAUAACUAGUUGUUGUUAUCGGUGCUGGGUGCUUUAAGUGCAAUUCGGUUGAAAAUUUCUCAACUCUUGUGAAGUGUUAUUUACAAUAGUUUGUCCAAUACUGCUUUGUAUCAGAUCCUGAAUGGAUUAUUUUGUAUAUUUUAAUGCAUGUGAAGUAACAGAGUUUAUUUCUAACUGGUCGCAGCUUCAUUCGCGUGAGGUAUGGACUAUGUAACUUAAUUUUCUAAAAUAAAAGUUAUUAAUGUUUGUAAUACUUUAUAUUUGUUUAAUUUUUGAUUUGUUUUUUGGUGCAUCGUGCCAGCUGCAAAAUAAAUAUUUUUUCUUUC